UCAAAACAUCCAGAGAUAUACCAAGAGUGGAAAGAAAAGGGUUUUGACAAAAAUCAUCCAUUUCUAUUCAAAAAAGGCGUUAAAGAGGAUAAACCAGACGAUGAAUACGCCACAUUACUGCAUAUUGCCGCUUGCAAUGGCAAUAUAAAGGUAAUAAAGACCCUAGUAGCACAAGGUGCAAAUGUUAAUGCUAAAGAUAACAAAGGAAGAACUCCUUUACAUUGGGCUGCUUUCAAUGGUCAUAAAGAUGUAGUACAGGCUCUACUAGGCUCUGUGAACCAAAAUUUUAAGCAAGCCAUAUGA